AUGGAUAACCACUCCCAGGCCUCAACCAACUACCGCGAAGCCUUCCAGCUCUUCGACAAGCGCGGCAACGGGCGCGUCGACCGCGCCGCGCUGGGCGACCUGCUGCGCGCCUGCGGCCAGAACCCGACGCUCGCUGAGAUUGCCGAUCUCGAGCGCGGCCUCGGCGCAGACUUCGACUUCGAAACCUUCAGCAAGAUCCUCAACCGCCCCGGCGGCUUCCGCGAGCCGUUCGACAUCGAAGAGUACAUCCGCGGCUUCCAGGUGUUCGACAAGGACCGCAGCGGCUUCGUGGGCAAGGGCCAGAUCAAGUACAUCCUGACGAAUCUGGGCGAGAAGAUGAGCGAGGAGGAGGUCGAGGAGCUGUUCAAGAGCACGAUUGACACGGGGAACAAUGAGGUGGAUUAUCGGGAAUUCGUCAAGACGAUCGCUGAGAACUAGACCCCGG